AUUUUCAUGAAACUCAAUUUAAUUCAAAGUAAGUGGUGAUCGGAUUCGUAUGUAAAAUUUAAAACGUGCUCGCACAUAUAUAUGUCGAUACAAUUAAUAAGUCCAAUUGAAAAAAAAUAUUAGGGGUGACAAAGAAAACGUCGAGCGGCCCAACAUGGCGGCUAGGAAAUGUUGCAAUUUUGGAUAUUUUUUGCUUGCAUUAAUAAUGCUUGCAGCAAAUUCCGAUGGCAGUUGCAAUAUUGGAUGUCCCAAAUCGGAUAAUGGACUGCUGAAGUACACUACCGGUAACUCCUAUGAAUACUCUUUUGACAGUAUUUUAACCGUUGGUGUGAAUGCUGGGAUAAUAAGUGAGGCGGAUGAUACAAGUCUAAAAUUAUCAGGAGUGGCUAAAAUAUUCUCAAAAGGAAACUGUGGAUACUCAUUACAGCUCACUUCAGUCAAAGUAUCCAAUACAAAGGAGUCCAUGGAAAAAAAAAUUUUAAACGGCAUUCAGAAGCCUAUUGAUUUUAUUUUGGCUAGUGGAGAAUUGGAACCCCAAAUUUGUACAGAUUCUACAGAUUUAGAAUAUUCUUUAAACAUAAAGCGUGCUAUUAUUUCAAUGUUGCAGUCGGGAACAAAUACAGAAACUGAGAUUGAUGUAUUUGGCCAGUGUCCGACUCAUACAUCAGUUUCCAAAUCGGGUAAUAUCGAUACCAUCACAAAAGUGCGAAACCUUAACAGCUGUGCCUAUCGAGAACAAAUUACAAGUGGCCUUAUUUCUGGCGUAGUUAACGAAAAAGCUGGUAUAACAUCCAGUUUAAUUUUGCAGGCAAACUAUGCUAAGGAGUUGAAAAUUGUAAACAGUGUUGUAGAAAGUGUAAAACUCACUGAAACAUAUAAAUUUGUUGGGUCCACUAAAGGAAAUUCUGAUAUCAGUGCAAAAGUUUUCACAAACAUGAAACUGAAAAAUGCUUCAGAUGACAAGAGUAUUUUUCCAUCCAGUGGAACCACUGUUAAAAGCAUUAUAUACCAAAAGCCAGAAACAUACUCGUCAAAAAACAUUAAUUCACUUAAAACGAUACUAAAUGAACUCGUGAAUUCUAUUGGCGAUUAUGUUAAAAUAGAUAGCGCGAAAAAAUUCGUAGAGUUUAUUCGUUUAUUGCGCCAAGCAGACACGGAUACCCUAAUAGAAUUAUCUGUAUAUCCCCACCCAAACAAAAUUUUGGCUCGGAAAGUUUAUUUAGAUGGGUUAUUUCGUACAAGCACUGCAGAAUCGGCUCGGGCAAUUCUAAAACAAUUUGGAAAAUUUGAUGAUAAAGAAAAAUUAAUUGCUGCAUUAUCUCUUAACCUAGUAAAAAAUGUUGACUCGGAAACUCUUCAUCAAGCUGCUGCUCAGUUAACGCCAAAUGCACCUAGUCAAUUAUACCUCUCGAUUGGUAGCUUGGUUGCUGAUUUUUGUUCUAAAAAUGCAUGCCAUGGGGCCGAAAUUGAGUCUAUAUUCAAAAAAUUUUCAGAUGGUAUAAAAAAUUGCAAGGUCAAUACCAAAAAAGAUGAAGAUCGUGUUGUGUCAAUUUUAAAGAGCAUUUCGAACGCAAAGACAUUAAGCUCUAAUAUAGUUUUUACCCUAAGUGAGUGCGCCUCCACAGGCAGAUCUAAUCGUGUACGUGUGUCAGCAUUGCAAGCCAUUGCUAGGAUUGGGUGCGAUGUAAAGCUACAAUCAAAAUCAUUGGAAUUGCUUCGAGAUUAUAACGAAGAUUCUGAGAUACGCAUAGAAGCCUAUUUAGCGGCGAUUUCAUGUCCUAAUGCAGAUUUAGCUAACCAGAUUUCGGAAAUUGUCAAUUCUGAAAAAGUCUACCAAGUUGGAGGCUUUAUAUCAUCGAAUUUAAAAGCAAUUCGGGACUCUACAGAUAGAAGCCGAGAACAACAAAGAUACCAUUUAUCUAAUAUUCGAAUAAUCAAACAGUUCCCUAAGGAUAUAAGACGUUACAGUUUUAAUAAUGAGAUUUCUUACAAUAUUGAUGCCUUGGGCUUUGGAGCUAGUUCUGACUACAAAUUAAUUUAUUCACAACAAGGAUUUUUGCCCCGAUCCUCACGAAUUAAUGUAACAACAGAACUUUUUGGAACUAACUUCAAUAUUUUUGAAGCAAGCAUACGCCAAGAAAACAUGGAGAACGUUUUAGAAUACUAUUUUGGUCCAAAAGGUCUGCUUAAUAAAGAUUUCGAUGAAAUUGUGAAACUCAUUGAAGUAGGAAAUGCCGGUAGCGAGCGGUCAAAACGCUCAGUAGCAGAUGAUGCAGCAAAGAUUUCAAAAAAAUAUAAAAUUUACGGCAAUAAAAUUUUACGGGAUAUAAAUCUAGACUUAUCCCUAAAGCUGUUUGGUUCGGAAUUAGCUUUUCUAAGCUUCGGUGAAAACAUUCCGAACACAUUAGAUGAUAUUAUGAAUUAUUUUACGGAUUCAUUUGAAAAGGCAAAAAGAGAAUUGUCUGCGUUUGAAAAAUCCUUUGCUUUUCAUAAUUUAUUUUUAGACACAGAGCUCGCAUAUCCAACAAGUAUUGGAAUACCUCUCGAAUUUACAGCUCAAGGAUUUGCAGCCACAAAAUUAGAUUUUGCUGUGAAUAUAGAUAUAAAUGCUAUUUUAGAACAGAAUUGGCAGAAAGCAAAAUAUAGGUUAAAGAUGGUUCCAAGUGUCGAUUUAAACGUUAAUCUCCAAGUUGGUUUUAAUGCCCAAGUACUGUCCACUGGCCUUCGUAUAGUUUCUAGAGCACAUUCGGCUAGUGGCAAUGAUUUAAAUUUUUCUCUUUUAAACGAUGGAGAAGGAUUUAACUUAGAUGUGGAGCUUCCAAGGGAAAAACUAGAGCUUAUUAAUAUAAACGUAAAUGCGGAACUCUUUAUUGCUGAACAGGACAAGCAAAAAAUUAUAGGCCUCAAAAGUACAAAAAAAAGUAAAAAUGCACAUGCAAAUGGUAUAUGCUUUAAUCAGUUGGAUAUCAUUGGAAUAAACAUCUGUGUUGAAAGUUCAACCACUUUAAGUGAAAUUCAAGCUAAUAUUGGAAAUAAUGCAGAAAAAAGUCUUGCAGUUCGUGACCAGUUUCAUUUGUCCAAACCAUUUAGUUUUGCAAUUUAUUUAACAUCCGAACGUAAAUUUGGAUUAAGUGGUACUCGAAAAAUUAAGCCGUCUGGCAGCCAACAAUGGAAAUUAGAUUUUUCUACCCCAGAAUCAAAGAUUUCACAUGAUAAUAGUAUCUCUUUUGAACUGGGAUCAAAGCCACGUUUAUAUGGACGAUUGUCUUUUGACAAUUCCCAAUACCAUUUUGGAGUUGAAGCUGGACUUAAUAAUGAUAAUCGUGAAUUGGUGAUUUACGGUCAAUAUGAACAAGACAAAGAAAUAAAAAAAAGUAAAAUUGGGUUUACCAAGAAUGGAAAUGAAUACCGGCCUCUACUUGAAAUUCAAGGAAAUAAUGGCAUUACCAACAAUAUUAAUGGAUACCAUGCUGAAGGUAAAAUUAUUGUAAAUAAAAUGAAAGAAAAACUGGAAAGAUACAGUUUUGAAAAUUUCAAAGUUUCAAAUGAAAAUAAAGAAUGGUUUAAGUUAAAUGGAUGGACAGAAAUAGGCGCGAGCUCAGUUAACUCAGACCUACAAAUUGCUUCGGAGCAGAAGUCCUACUUGGUAAAAGGCAAUUUUAAAGUAGAAAACGGGCAGUAUGCCGCAGGCUUAUUUAUAAGUGACGAACGUUCUCCAGAAAAUGUAUAUGGAUCUUCGGUACAAUUAUUGGUUAUUGAUCAUUCCUACGCUGUUAAGUUAAAUGCUAAAGCUUUUACUUGGGCAGUUGAUUCUGAUGUAAGCUUUGAGUUUGUUAACGACAUGGAUUCGUUUCGCAAGGGAACUUUUAAACAAAGUACAUAUGUUCAAAAUAAGAAUAAGCCAUUUGGAGAAUUAAUCACUCAAUCCAAUUUUGAUGUCAAUAGGUUUAGUCUUGAUACUGAAUUAUCUUUUGACCAAAAAGUAGGUUCGUUAAAUAUUAAAUAUGAAGGCAAUGAAAUACCUUUACAGGUUUACGAUCUUGCAAUAAGUGCUAAGCUUAAAAAACACUCAAUUAAUAUUAUUUCCAAAAAAAAUCUUAACGGAAACCUGUUUACCAUUGAUAAUAUUUUAACUUCAAGUUGGGGAACGUCACUCACUGCGAAAGGAGAAUUAGGCCAGCGGUAUACCGCACAAGAUAUUCAUAUAAAUAUGGAGGGAAAUUUUCAACUAAGUGGCAAGGAAAAAUCGAAUCAUUGGAUAUUGAAAAUUAUUGGAACCCCAGAUAAAACGAACGGUGAGUUGAGAGUUAGCCGUGAUUCAACAGAACUUGUUAAAUUAACCAGCGAGUCGACUCAUCCUCAAGACAAAAUAUCUUCUGCAAAGGUAUCUUUUAAUAUUAAAAAUGUAUUGAAUUCUAAAUGUGAGUUCCGUGUAGCAAAAAAUGGAAAGGGAGAGCUUACCGCAACUAUUGAAACUCAAAAAUCAGAACCAAAGCAUAAGCUGGACGUUGAAACGAAAUUUCAUAUACUGGCUCCCAAAUAUGAUAUAGACACGAGCUUAACGAUUAAUGAUAAAAAAAUACAUUUCAAAUCAGAAAACAGCCUGGAUAAGCUAAGAUUUUUCACUAAAAAUGUUGUCGAGGCUAAUGACAAAAAGAUUGUUUUCGAUGCCAGUGGCAGUGUAAAAGGCGAAUUAAGAGGUAAUGGAGAAGUUCAGGGCACAUUUUCAUUAACUAUUCCCAAUGGGCGAAUUAUUAAUGGCACUGCUAAUCGAAAAAUUUUAACCAAUGCGAAGACUGGUAUAACCCAAGGUAACUUUGAUGCCCAGAUCAAUGAUAAACCCCCUGGAAGCAGUAAACGUACUAUAGAAAUUAAAGGAAAGCUUGACCAUCUUAAUCACAACACAAAGGAGUUUUCUGCAAACAAUCAAUUAAUAUAUACUGCAUUCGAUGGAAUGAAAUCUGAGCUGAACUACCAAAUUAAACACCAACCUAAUGGAGAAGCUAAUAGUUUAGAUAUACGCGUGGCGGCUCACGGCAAUUCAUUCUCGCAACCGAUUGAUUUUUCUGUUGCUCUCAACGAAUACAGCGUAAAAAGCGCAGUGGGUCGCCUCUCUGCGUCAUACGGUGAUGUUUUAACUGUUACAUUAAAUGGAAAUUAUAAUAAUAAACAAUCCCCAGCUACAUAUGAUAUUCAAACUAAUUUACAAGUUCCAAGAUCCAAUAUUAAGUUCAUUCAGAUAAAUAGUCAUGGUAAAAUAUUAAAACCAUCCACUUUUGAAAAAAAUGACGCAGCUAUCGUAGAAUUUGCUGCAGAUUUAAAAACGGGACAGGGUAACUAUGUUCACGUCAGCUCAAUUUGUAAGGGUACAUCACAGGAAGGAAGUUUUAAUUUUGAGACCCAAACUAAUAGUAUGGAGUCGCCUUUAAAAUUGCAAGGAAACUAUUUGCGCGAGCAAAAGAGGAGCUUACCAGACGGGGACUUAAACAGCAAUCAAAAAUAUGCUUUUAACGCCCAGUAUGGAGCACAAUAUUUUAAAACGGAUGCAGGAUUUUCUUACGGUACCGAUGCAGCAGAGCUUGUGUAUAAAUUAGACUCUAGCUACGAAUCUGCGAAAGACAUCGAAAUCAAUUUACGUGGUCAAAAAUUGUCCGAUGAUUCGCCUUACUUAAUCAUUGCAAAAAUUAAACAAUUAGAUAAAUCGUACGGUUUGGACACAAAACUUUUUCAAACACCUCAUAAAAAAGGAUUUGAUAUUCGCAUUGAUUUGAUUAGAGAAAACCCCAUUAUUAUAACGAGCAUUAUAGAAUUAUUGGGUGAGCAAAAGGGAAAAUUGACUUUGGAAUUACAAAAUAUAGUUGACUUUGAUUUCAAGAUAAAUUCUGAAGCUUCCUACGUUAGCAUCGACGAUUUUUAUAUUGUUAGCGCGUGGUCCUCCAAAAAAUUACUUUUAGAUGGGUAUGAGCUGGACGCGCGAGCACAAAGCAAGCAAUUAAAGGUACAACUUAAGAAUGCUACAGAAAUAAUAUUUUUGGGUUCUGCCACAUAUACACUUAAAAAAGAACAAAAUAAAGCAAUUAUCGAUGGCCAAGGACAAGUGCAAUACCAGGGAAAAUCAAAUAUUGGUAAUUUUAAAAUAACACGACAGCAGUUCGAUAUAAACGCAGAUAAGGAAUUUGGCUUCUCAUAUACAUUUAAUGGAAAUUUCGGAAGUAAAAACGGCAUAUCUACGAUUAAGAUUACAAACAAAGAAUUCAACACAAAGUUUUCAAUUUGCGAAGAAAAAAAACAAUGUACAAACGUGCAAUUACAAUCAAUUGUGUUCAUUGAUGAACAAAAACUGGAUACUGCGCAAUAUUCUACCCUUGUUUUGUUUGAUUUGCGUGAACUUGGUUACCCAUAUGAAUUUGAACUAAAAUCCAAAAAUAUUCAACAAGCAUUUAAAUACCAAUACAAUUUUGACAGCUUUAUUUCGGGAAACAAUGGUAAAUACCAAAUUUCUGCCCACAUUCAGCCCACUUCUUCCAUAAUAAAAAUCACCCUUCCCAAGCGGCAAUUAUCAUUCGAAACUGUGCAAAAGUUUCCAACUAAUGGACUAAUUUUUGGUCACUAUGAACAGUCAGCUGCUUUGUACCUUAAUAAAAUUCAACGUCCUGAUGAAGUGUUUCGAAUCGCAACUAUUUUAGAUAUAUCAGGAAUUGAGAAAGUUGCUUUAAACGCAAAUGGAAUUAUCAAACUGGAGCAUCCGACUAUACGCCCGUUAAGCAUUUCUGCUCGAGUAGAUGCAAACGCCGAACAGGAACAAAUUUUCAAUUCCGAAAUUAUUUUCGAUGUUUUUCGAUUGGCUGACCAAAAAAUCAUAACAUCCAACAAAGUUCGACAUUCGCGGACUAGGAAUAGUUUUAAUGUGGAAUCUUUUUCAACGUUUCAGUCAAACGGACUUCAGUUCCAGUAUGAAUUGAAUGGUAGUGCCGCAGUUAAUACCGUAAACCAAGAAUUUAAUAUUGGUCUUGAAUUAAAUAAUGGGAAGAAUAAUUUAAAAGUAAUGUCAUCUGGAAAUACGGAAAAAGUUGAACUGUCCUUAAGCGAAUCAAAUAAUCGAAUCUUAAGAAUUUUCGCGGAAAUUAAUAAACAAAAAAAUGUAGCGAAAUAUAAUGCUAUAAUCGAAGCUCUUGAUCGAAACAUAAUUGAAGUCAGAAGUGAGAUUCAGCCCUCGUCUGCAAUACUUACACUUAAGCGUCAAGAUCUCCUUGAUGGUAAUGCAGAAGUAAAAUUGGGAAAGGAAUUUAAAUUCGAUAUUUCUAGCAGAGGGAAAGUAUUGUCUAAUGGGCGUGUUGCUUUAGAUCCGACAAAUUUUUUGCAGACUAAUUACCAAACAAGUGACGAAAAUGUUAAAACCUUUUGGGAAAACAUUGAAUCAGAAUUCAAGCAAGAAACCGAUGACAUGACUAAAACUCUCAGUAAAAAAUUCGAAACGCUACGAAACGAAGCAACGGAAACCAUAAAAUUGGUCAAAGAAGCUUUUCCUGAUUUUUCACAACUCAAGAACAGAUUAGACGACAAUAUAAAUUCACUUAUUAAAGAGCUAGAAGAAGAUCCAUCAAUAGAAAAAAUAUUUAUUGGAAUACGCACCCUAUUUCAGAAAAUUGUUAAUAUAUUCGACAAAGUGACGAAGACAGUAAGCGAAGCUUAUGAAAAUAUUUACAAAUCUCUUUUAAACAUACAUGAAAAGCUAAAAACUCUUUGGAAGGACUCCAUUCUUAAAAUAUGGGACGACUUUAUUUUAACUGCAAAUAAAGUGAUAAAUCAGCUACGUUUUGAAAUUUUAAAUACAUAUAAAAAUAUAUUCCAUGGAUUGCGUAAUUUGUUGGACAAGUAUGGACCGGUACUAAAAAAUUAUGGAAAAGUAAUUUCUGAGUUUAUGAAACCAAUUAACGAAUCACUGCAAGAAAUGAUACAAAUUUUUGUACAUGCAGUCAAGGAGCUGAAUGGCGAGCUUAAGCAAUUUAUUGAAAAGCUUCCAAAUUUUGAAAGCAUUUGUAAUGAGAUCACUGCCAAAAUUAAAAACUUCAAGAUCCUUGAAAAGACUCUUGACCUUACUAACAGUAUCUUUGAGCAGUUAAAUAUUGUGCAUCAAACUCAAGAAACCUCAGAGUUCCUGAAAAAACUACAUGAUUAUUUGGAUGCUAAAUUAAAAAAACAAUCAAUCGAUGACCAAAAAUCACUUAGUGAACUAAGUAGGCUAUUUAUCCAGGCCGUUAGGUCCAUUUACACAUCAAUAAGAAAUACCUCUCCAGAAAAAUAUGUACAUGCAACCGAUUUUCAAGUGUGGUUUAGUUCAAUACCGCAAUAUCUAGAUUCCGUGUCAAAACUACCAACAAUACUCUCAUUCCAAUCUAGUACUUUAAACUACAUAUUCAAUGAAAAUUGGCAGAAUAUUUUCUCCAAAAAUUGGCUAAAUUCUUGGAUAUUCUUUAAUGACUUUAAACUUAGAGGCCAUAUUGUUGAUGGCCAGCAUGUUUUUACCUUUGAUGGUCAACAUUUUGAUUUUUCUGGGAACUGUAAAUAUAUCCUUGCUCAGGACAGUGUGAACAAUAAUUUUAGUGUUGUUGCUCAAAUAACAAAUGGGAAGCUUAAAUCCAUAACACUCAUAGAUCGUGAUGGUAAAUUUGCUGAAAUUGGGGAUAGCGGUGCUCUAAAAUUCAACGGAAAUUCAGUUGAAUAUCCUCAACACUCAUCUGGAAUACAUGCUUGGCGGCGAUAUUAUACCAUACACAUACAUUCAGAGUAUGGAGUCUCGUUGAUAUGUACUACGGAUCUUAAAAUUUGCCACAUAAACGUAAAUCGAUUUUAUAUUAGUAAGAUACGGGGACUUUUUGGCAAUGGCAACGAUGAGCCAUACGACGAUUUCUUACGAAUCGAUGGCACUUUAACUUCAGGUUCUGGUGCUUUGGUCAACGAAUAUGGUAUCGGGAAAUGUCCAGGUGUACCUGCGACAAACGAUCAAGGGGAAAAGCAUUUGCGAUCAGAAAUAUGUAGUGAGAUAUUUGGUAUCGAGUCCCCACUAUCCAUUCAUUUUCUUACGAUCGAUUCCAGACCUUUUCGCAAAGCAUGUGAUGUAUCAGUCGGAAAGGUUUCUGAAAAGGAAACAGAAACAACUGCAUGCACAUUUGCUCUAGCCUAUGGCUCUGCGGUUAAGCUGGUUAAUAAAUGGGUUAUGUUACCGUCACGUUGCAUAAAGUGUAACGGACCAGCUGGUCAGAGAGACCAUCAAAAUGAAUUCACCGUAAAAUUACCAAACAAUAAAGCUGACAUUGUAUUUGUCGUUGACAUUAAUGUAAGCCCUGUUCUUCUGAGUAAUUUAAUUGCACCAACAAUUAGUGAUCUUCGAGAAGCUCUAAAAUUACGUGGUUUAACAGAUGUGCAAAUUGGUGUUAUUGUAUAUGAUGAAGGAAAGCGUUAUCCAGCUCUACUAACAAGUGAUAACGGAAAAUUAAACUACAGAGGAAAUCUGUCUGGGGCAAAUUUAUAUAGUCCAAAUGAAUUCUGUGAUAGUUGCCUGGAAAAAAUAAUACAAGAGCAAAGGAUUUUAAAUAUUUUUAAUUCCUUUAAAAACAUUCUAAACAGCAUCAUUCCCCAAUCUGAUGAGAAGGCUUUUAAUUUAGCCCUGGAUUAUCCAUUCCGUGCUGGUGCAGCAAAAAGCAUUGUUGGCGUGCGAAGCGAUUCCUUAGAGUAUAAAAACUUGUGGAAAUUCGUCAGAUCACAAUUUACUGGAUCUCUUACAAAAUUUGAUGGUGCAUUAUUGCAUCUGAUCGGACCUGUCAAAGCACUGGCAGUGGAAGGCAUUCCCGGCGAAAAAAUAAUUGGUUUUAACACUCGUUUGGUAGCUACAUUGGAUAGCAAGGAUGGAAAAAAACGUACAAAAUUGCAAUUUGAAAAUGAUAUGGGCAUUGAUUUUGUGCUCAAUAACGGUGGCUGGAUUUUUUCCACUGAAAACUUCGGCAAAUUUAAGGUAUCAGAUCAAAAGAAGAUGCUAUCACAAAUAACUUCUUCAAUAGCGGAUACUCUAUUCAAAACAGAAAUAAUAAGUGAUUGUACAUGUUUACCAGUUCAUGGUUUACAUGGCCAACAUAAAUGUGUCAACAAAUCAACAACUUUUCUUCCUAAUAAAAAGCCAAAAGCACCAUAAAAGGGGUUAGGAUCAAAAUGUUUUACCUAUACUGUAACCAAGAAAAUAAAUAAUAAAAGCACUAAUUUUUAUGUAA